UUUCCUUCGACGGGGAGGGGGUGAACCUGGGUCCCUCCGGCCCGAUGACCCUCCUGCAGAUCGGCCUCGUCACUGGGCAGAUCUACAUCUUCGACGUGAUGGUGGAAAGGAACCUCAUGUACGAGGGCGGCCUCAGGGAGCUGCUCGAGUCCUCCGACAUCGUCAAGGUGGCUCACGACUGCCGCGGCGAUGCUGGCGCCCUCUACCACCAGUUCGGCGUGACGCUGAAAAACGUUUUCGACACUCAGGCGGCCCAUGCAGUGUUGCAGCAGCAGGAGACUGGCAAACCCGUGUACAAGGUGAAGAACGUUUCCUUGAACACACUCUGCCGUUCCUACAAUGCCCCCGUCAACCCACGGAAGGACCAGAUGAAAAACGUCUACAGGAGAGACCAACGUUUCUGGGCGCGCCGACCUCUCACGGAAGACAUGGUGGUAUACGCGGCAUAUGAUGUGGUCGCACUUGUGCCCACGGUCUAUGAUGCCAUGAAGAAGCAGCUGGACCCUGCCCUCAUGCCUCUGUUUGAGGAGCUGUGCCAGGAGCAGGUGGAAGCCAUGAUCCAGCCCGAGGAGGUCAAACAGAAGAAGAAGCAGCGCAAAAUAGAAACCGAGGUAGCAGAACUCAAGACAAAGCUCGCGACAACCCAAGCCAGAGCCAUCGUCCUUUCAAACAGAGAGAUCAGAUUGCUUAGAUACCUAGAAUUAAGUGAUGAAGAACGAGAAAAACUGGAAGGGUCCUACAAAGUCGCUAAAAAGUUAGAACGUUUACAGAGCAAGAAAGAAAGAGAUGAAUCUCCUGACAAGAAUGAUGAUGAUGAUGACAACAGUGAUGAUGAUGACGAUGAUGAACGAGAUGGGGUUGAAGAAGGUGAAUAUCCAAGUCUGAGUAGUGUUGGCAGUGGAGGCUCCGGGGGCUCUGGUGGAGGACUAUUGUCUCCAAGGUGCGAUGGGGAGGCAGAUGCAGAUGGGUAUGGAGGUUCACCAUCACUUACCACAAGCAUGAACAUGGUGGAGCAAGUAUUAAGCAAUGGUACUAUGGAUCGGCUGGAGAAGAUUGACCGUUUGGAGGCCAUUUUAGCAGCAGCUACACAGUUAUCUGGAGGUUCAUCUCCUGCAGGCACCACCACCAGCAGCCCAGCUGCUCAGUGCUGCUGCCACUGCCACAGCUACUCCCAAGGAGCACCACUCUCUCCACAGACCUCCCCACCUCCCUCCCUGAACAGUGUGCCCUCAUCAUCAGCGCUCACAAGUAAAGCUGAUGCUGAGUGCCAGACUCUCAGUACAGGCGACAUUGUGAUCACCAAAGUGUUCUUCCCAGAUAGUCCUGAUAAUGUCAAGGACAAGAAAUGAUAUGUACAGCAUGUAUAUAGUUUUGUAUAUUUUUAAUUAUUCUUGAAAAUGUGGUCAAGGCCACAGUGUGAUAGUUAGGUGGUGUCAGAACAUGGCACCAGUGAUAGAGGGCCUCUGGGCUCAAGCAGCUAGCUAGGGUAACUCACCUGCCUCAGGUAUUUAGUAUAAGACUGACAUCCCUUGUAUUUACUUGGGAGAAUGCGUCUUAUCAAGAAAUGCCUCAAUCUGGUAAUGUAUCCUACCCACCAGACAUGCUGGUGCAAGACUAACUCAAGCUUUAAUACCCAACACAAGUGAAACUACCAAAGUCUUUUAUCAUUUUUCCAGGUACUUAUUUUGCCAGACAAUUAUUCUUUUUAUUCUAUUGUUAUUAGACAAUAUAAAUUCAGCUUACUUCUAUGCUGAAGUAUUGCUAGAGUUGGGAUGCUUUUAGGGUUGGGAACAUAUCGUUAAAUGCCUUCUUAGGUACAUUAGGUUUUAUUUUAACUUAACUUACUCAGUGGUAUUUCUGGUGAAAUAUAUCAUUGAGCGCAGCAGGUGAGGCCAGGUAAGACCCAGACUUACCUGAGGAACCCAUGAGGAGCCUUCACUGCUCACAAUAAAUCCCUGUUGAGCAA